GAUCGGAUGAGGUCCAUGAAGACUUCUGAGCGCUCCUCAGGACACCUGAACGAAGCUCGUCAUGCUUCAAUAAGUCGUCUCUGCACUGUGUACUGUUCAGGAAUGCACGUCCCAAGGAAACGCAUCGUGAAGACAAUAACGUGAAGAGUGAAGAGUGAGUGAUAGAAAGAGAUCCCAAUCAGCGACACGCUCAAGCCGGAUCCCUGCGGGAAAUCGACAACCGAAAAGAAUAAGCCACGGCACCGAUCAGGUGGUGGGUCGUCUCGUCGACAUAAUUAAAAAGGGCUCGAUCAAACCGGUCCUUUACCCACAUCCAUCCUCGGGGCGCUUUCUGCUGUCGAGCUCCGAUGCGCUUAGUUUGAUGUGGCUCCCUUGAGCUCUUGAACUUGUCCGGACCUAUCGAUCGCUAGGAGGCCUGUGGUAGCCUAGAAGCUGAGAACUGAAAACACUCAACCGCGAGCGGCUGAUGCCGCAAGCACUGACAAACAUACUGAAGUACAGCAGCUGCUUUUCUAGGAUUGCUGGUUCGACCGUCUGUCUUGAAUCGACGAUACUUGUUUCCCGGUGGGAGUGGAUCUCCAUCUUGGACUAAGGGCCGGAUCCAGACUCGCAAAGCGUAUUGAGAUUUGUGAAACCAUCAGUAUCCCAUCACGCACGUACGUUCUUCCUCGGAACAAUGGCUGCGGAAGCGAGAGAAAACGUCAGCAUGCGGGCCGAACCGUCUGUGGAAGGUCCAGAUGUAGAGUCUCAUGGUAAAGAAGAGCAUCCACGACGCCGUAACCUGUCCUUGGAUGAACACACAUUAAGCGAGUGUAUAGACAAUCUAGUAGAAUCGACCGAGGCGGUCCCCGGAAGACUAACGCCCAUUCAAAGUUGUGAUAAUUUCGCGAACAUGUUGCUUCCUCAAGUACCUCCUACUCCUAAUCCUCGCUCGGAUCCUUACGGCGAACCAAUGUUCCUCAGUGCUUGGGAAGCUCUAGAAAAGUCUGUGGUGCAUCACGAUGGCAAACCGAUCGGAACGUUUGCCGCUAAGAAAGAUUCUAGUGUGGAGACUUUGAACUACAAUCAGGUUUUCGUCCGAGACUUCGUUCCGAGCGGUUUGGCAUAUCUGAUGGCUAAUAAAGGUGAAAUUGUCAGGAACUUCUUGUGGGAGUCACUUCGUCUCCAGGCUUUGGAAAAAUUUAUCGAUAAGUUCAGACUAGGAGCGGGCGUGAUGCCUGCCAGCUUCAAUAGUGACGGAGACGGGAUCCAACCAGACUUUGGAGAAGCUGCGAUUGGUAGAGUAGCGCCUGUAGAUUCAGGAUUCUGGUGGAUCUUCUUACUUCGAGCCUAUGUGAAGGCGACAGGGGAUCACGGCUUUGCAGAAUUACCAGAGUGUCAAAGUGGAAUGAGGCUCAUCCUGAUGCUCUGCCUCUCAGAUGGCUUUGACACAUUCCCAACACUUCUUUGUGCUGAUGGCUGCUGCAUGAUCGACCGUAGAAUGGGAAUGUAUGGGUAUCCCUUGGAAAUACAGUCUCUCUUCUUCAUGGCCCUACGUUGUGCGAAUUCGCUGCUGAAACAUGACGAAGAAGGACAAAAGCUCCGCAACCGAAUAGAGGAAAGACUAAAUGCGUUGAGCUAUCACAUUAGGACAUACUACUGGUUAGAUCAUCAGCAACUGAACAAUAUUUACAGAUACAAGACGGAAGAGUACUCUGAGACGGCAGUCAACAAGUUCAAUGUUAUGCCUGACUCUAUCCCUGACUGGCUCUUUGACUGGAUGCCCAUGAAGGGAGGAUACUUCGUUGGAAACGUUAGUCCAGCUAGAAUGGAUUUCCGAUGGUUUACUAUCGGAAAUUGUGUAGCCAUUUUGGCAUCCUUGCCCACUCAAGAGCAGUGUGGGGCGAUAAUGGAUCUCAUCGAAGCGAGGUGGACUGAACUUGUCGGGGAGAUGCCUUUAAAAGUUUGCUAUCCUGCGUUGGAAUCACGUGAUUGGCAAAUCGUGACCGGUUGUGAUCCGAAGAAUACACGUUGGAGCUAUCACAACGGUGGCUCUUGGCCAGUUCUCAUCUGGAUGCUGACUGCAGCGUCUAUAAAGACUGGAAGACCGAAGAUGGCACGCAAAGCUAUUGAGCUCAUGGAAAAGAGAUUGAUGAAUGAUGGCUGGCCAGAAUAUUACGAUGGAAAAUUGGGGAGAUACAUUGGCAAACAGGCCAGGAAAAAUCAGACCUGGUCUAUAGCCGGUUAUGUUGUUGCGAAACAGAUCCUUCACGAUCCCACGUACUUGACGUUGAUCAGUUUGGAGGAGGAUAGAAGUUUUGACCUUUUCCAGCCUACUUUGACUAGAAGCAAAUCGUCAUCAGAUCUGUUCACAAGUUGAUAAAAUAUUCCAAGAUCUUGAUUACCACAUCAUACCAAUUAUUGUUGUGUUGCAGUUGGUAAUCCUGGCUUUGCUGCCGUAUUAAAGCAUUGGCGAAAUUGUGUGCUAGUAUAGAGACGCUGGUAUCGUUCAACUUGAAUGGAAAUCUUG